UAAUACCAGUUGCAUUAUGGGCAGACCGGAAACCACUGAAAAGCAAUCAUGGCGCUGUCCAUUGGAUUUAUCUUGAAGAAUUUACGGCCGGCCGGCAGGCUUGCUAGAAGGUGUCUCUGUUCAAGUGUAAGGGAUGAAAAUGUCACAUUUCCUGAACGUGUAUUCUCUGGAAUCCAGCCAACCGGUAUUCCUCAUAUUGGUAACUACUUUGGUGCUAUUAAAAACUGGAUCAAGCUACAGGAUACAAAUGACAGUGUUAUAUACAGCAUUGUAGAUCUCCAUUCAGUCACGGUUCCUCAAGAUCCCACCACCCUCAGGGAAAACAUUUUAUCAAUGACAGCUUGCCUUCUGGCUUGUGGAAUCGAUCCAGACAGAGGAAUACUGUUUCAACAGUCACAGGUACCCUACCACACAGAACUAGCCUGGAUCCUGGGGUGUAAUUGUACCCUGAGUCGCCUGGAUCACCUACCCACUUGGAAGGAAAAGUCAGCUGGGAUGAAGGAUGCAAUGUUGGGACUUUAUACAUAUCCUGUGCUACAAGCUGCUGAUAUACUUCUGUACAAAGGGACUCGGGUUCCAGUAGGGGAGGACCAGACUUGCCAUAUAGAACUUGCUCGUGCCCUUGCAAAAAUCUUUAACAAUAGAUUCGGACAUUACUUUCCCCUACCUGAAGUAUUACUGACUGAAGCUCCCCGGAUAAAGAGUUUACGCCAUCCAGAUAAGAAAAUGAGCAAGUCGGAGGCAAAUCCUAAGAGCAGAAUAGAUCUCACAGACUCUCCAGAUGAAAUCCGACAAAAAGUGAAGAAAGCUGUAAUAGACAGUGAACCAAAAAUAACUUAUGAUAUAGACAAUAGACCAGGUCUGGCCAAUCUGAUUGGCUUAGAAUGUGCCAUAACUGACAAAUCACCAUCCCAGGUUUGUGAGGAAAACUGUAAUGUCAUGUCGGGCCAAUAUAAGCUGAAGGUAGCAGAUCUUAUCGUCGAGGAAUUGACUCCUAUACGACUCCAAAUGGAACGGUUGCUGAGUGAUAGACAGCAUCUCAGUAGCAUCCUUGAAAAAGGACGUGACAAAGCUAUGGAAAUAGCCGAACCAAACAUAGCAGAAGUGAAAUCUCUAGUCGGGUUUUUGUGACAGAUAUACAAAUAAUAUAAAUUCAUUAAUUUUCAUUAAUUUUUUUUUUUUUUUUGGGGCGGGGGGAUCUUAUAUAUGGUUUCUGUGAAAGAUGAGCAUAAAUAUAAUAUAUAUAUAUAUAUACAUGUAUAUAUUCUAGAAUCUGAUGAAUUUGUGAUCUUAUUUGGUUUAUCUGAAAGAUGAGCAAAUAUAUUCUAGAAUCUGAUGAAUUUGUGAUAUA